CAGAGAGGCAUUUGUCAUCUCUGUCAUUCAGUGUAACAGGAGAACAGCUACGAAAAACACAGGAUGCGCAUCCUUCUGGCCCUCCUCUGUGUCUCUGUUGCAGCAGCUCCUGGGUGCACCAGUCUUCCUACAAAGGGAGAAUACGAGAAACACCAUACAGAGUAUCAUAAACAUAGCCCAGAUUACCCUGGUCACAUUAAGAAACUCAGAACAAAGUUGCCUGUGGCUCCUCAGAUAGAAGUCAUCACUCCCUCCAUUGAGGGACUAACUAGUAUCAGCCAUGACCUUGGACUUUUGGAUAAUGCACUACAAAACCCUUUCACAGAGCUUCUCAGCCAGAUCCAGGCUGAUGUCUCCAGCUUGGAGGGACGGGUGCGUUCCCUCGCCGUGACGAUGGACUGUCCCGUCGCAGCCAGACCAAGAGUAGAGAGCAGUGACAAUUCGUUCCCUGACAGCCAACUCUACCUGACUCUGACGAAGGUGCAGCUCUACCUGGAGAAGUUUCUUCACAACAAGGACAAACUCAAGGUCUGCUGACAAAUCAAAACUCAUGUCACAGGUAUGCCGUGUCUUCCCAUAAUGCAAAAAUAAAAUUUGCACAAAUAGUUCAGUGUAAUUUGUCUUUGCACAUAUUAUUUUUUCCUUAUCCUUCUGUCUUUUGACUCCUUUCACAUAGUACUGUAAAGCAUGUAGAAACAUUUUCAAAUUAAUUCUAAAUACUCAAGUAAUAAGGAUCUUGUUCUGGUUGCUAUAAAAUGUUUUAUAUAAUACAAGUAGCUUUGUGUUUAAUGUUCA